AUGUCAAUCCGCCUUGAGUAUGUGGUGAUGAAUGCUCAAACCUUCUCCAUCUCAGCCAACGCCAAAAAGUGGGAGGUGGAACUAGCUACAUUGAAGAGUAACAACCUUCGACUGACUGCUGCGCUGCAGGAGAGCACCGCCAACGUGGACGAGUGGAAGCGACAGCUGCACCAGUAUCGGGAGGAGGUGGCACGCGCUAGACACUACGCUGGUAAAGGUGCGGAAGCUAACGAAGUGGAACAGCUUCGCCAGCGUGUCGCCCAACUUGAAGCAGAACUGGCGCAGAAGAACGAGGAGUUAGCUCAGAUCACCAAAUCCAAGAAGAGUGAACAGGACGCAGAAGCUAAACUCGCUCAGAGCCAACUGGAGCUGGCACUAGCUGCGCAGGACGGACAACGACAGGUCAUACAGGCACUUAACGAUCAACUGGCGCGGCAACUUGAUGAACUGUACGCCGUCCCGCAUCGGGACAACCGGGAACCUCGCGAACCCCGCGACUCACGCGAUUCACGCGAACCUCGCGAGUCCCGCGAAAACCGUGAACCCCGUGAGUCCCGCGAGUCCCGCGAUCGUCGCCUACCGCUACUGCUGCGUGCGCCGGAACCAGCCUAUGUGACGGUGAAGACCAAGAAAUGA